GCCGCUGCCGGGCCGCUCCGGCCGCCGUUUCCGGCUCGCUCUCGGUGCCGGGCAGCGAUGUCGGACUCGGAGAGCGAGGAGGAGGCGGACGGCGGCCGCGCCGAGCCCUUCUCCCUGGCCGGCUUCCUUUUCGGCAACAUCAAUGAGGCGGGGCAGCUGGAAGGGGACAGCGUCCUCGACAAGGAAUCCAAGAAGCACCUGGCCGGGCUGGGCGUGCUGGGGCUGGGCAACCUCAUCACCGAGAUCACCGCCAGCGAGGAGGAGAGCGCCGAGAGCGAGGGGGCGCAGCUGGACGAGGAAGGCUGGGUUAAGAGCACCGAGGAUGCUGUUGAUUACUCAGACAUCACUGAAGUGGCCGAGGAUGAGAGCCGUCGGUACAAGCAGGCCAUGGGCAGCCUGCAGCCAGCCCGAAGGCCAGAUGAAGAUGAGGAUGAUUACGAUGCUGACUGUGAAGACAUUGAUUCCAAGCUGAUGCCACCACCACCACCCCCUCCAGUACCCGGAAAAAAAGAAGAUGAAAAGGAUGCAGCUGCCACUGGAAUCAUGCAGCGAGAUGCUACCAAACAGUUGCCAAGUGUUACAGAGCUCUUCCCAGAAUUUCGACCAGGCAAGGUGCUGCGUUUCCUGCGUCUCUUUGGCCCUGGGAAGAACGUUCCGUCGGUGUGGCGAAGUGCCCGGAGGAAGCGCAAGAAGAAGCACCGGGAGCUGGCACAGGAAGUGCAGAUACAGGAGGGUGAAGUUGUGGUUGAGAGUGGAGUGGAAGGAAAAUCUCCUUGGGAGUAUGAGUUUGCUGCUCCUCCCCCUCCUGAGCAGUGCCUUUCAGAUGAUGAGAUUACCAUGAUGGCACCUGUGGAGUCGAAAUUUUCCCAGUCCACUGGUGACACAGACAAGGUGACAGACACCAAGCCCAAGGUGGCCGAGUGGCGCUACGGCCCCGCCCAGCUCUGGUACGACAUGCUGGGCAUCCCUGAAGAUGGCAGUGGCUUCGAUUAUGGCUUCAAGCUGAAGGAGAAGAACGAGGAGGAGGAGGCUAAAGGACACACAGAGGAGGGGGAUGCAGAAUCAUCGAAGGAGAAGGAUGAUCUGCUAGCUGAUGAGCACUUCCUCAUGGUGACACAGCUCCAGUGGGAGGAUGAUGUCAUCUGGAAUGGGGAGGAUGUCAAGCACAAAGGGACUAAGACGCAGCGUGCCAGCUUGGCAGGCUGGCUGCCAUCCAGCAUGACCAGAAAUGCCACUGCCUACAAUGCCCAGCAAGGUUUGAACCGCAGUGGCUCUUUGCUCAAUUCACCAAUUCCUCUAGCACAGAAACCCAAUGUGGCAGGAGUCCUGGGCAUAGCAAAGUGCAAGGAAAAGGCCCCUGAACAGCAAGUUUCCCUGGAUGAAGACAAGCCCUGGUACUCCAUUUUCCCAAUUGAUAAUGAAGAGUUAGUGUAUGGCCGUUGGGAAGACAAUAUCAUCUGGGAUGACCAGGCAAUGGAAACCUACUUGGAUCCCCCUGUCUUAACACUUGAUCCAAAUGAUGAAAACAUAAUUCUAGAAAUUCCUGAUGAAAAGGAAGAGAUGACUUUGAACUCUCCAUCCAAGGAGAACAAGAAAGAAUCUUCUCUAAAGAAGAGUCGGAUCCUGUUGGGAAAAACAGGUGUCAUCAAGGAAGAGCCACAGCAGAACAUGUCUCAGCCAGAGGUGAAGGAUCCCUGGAACCUCUCCAAUGAUGAGUUUUACUACCCCAAACAGCAGGGACUUCGAGGAACCUUUGGAGGCAACAUCAUCCAGCACUCCAUCCCAGCAGUGGAGCUGCGCCAGCCGUUCUUUCCCACCCACAUGGGUCCCAUGAAGCUCCGCCAAUUCCAUCGGCCUCCCCUGAAGAAAUAUUCCUUUGGAGCCUUGUCCCAGCCCGGGCCCCACGCCGUGCAGCCUCUGCUGAAGCACAUCAAGAAGAAAGCCAAGAUGAGGGAGCAGGAGCGGCAGGCCUCGGGCGGGGGGGAGAUGUUCUUCAUGCGCACACCACAGGACCUCACUGGCAAGGAUGGAGAUCUCAUCCUGGCUGAGUACAGUGAGGAGAACGCCCCUCUGAUGAUGCAGGUUGGCAUGGCAACAAAGAUUAAAAAUUACUACAAGAGGAAACCUGGCAAAGAUCCAGGGGCUCCAGACUGUAAAUAUGGAGAGACUGUUUAUUGUCACACUUCUCCCUUCCUGGGUUCUCUGCAUCCAGGCCAGUUACUGCAGGCAUUUGAAAACAAUCUUUUCCGGGCCCCCAUCUAUUUACAUAAGAUGCCUGAGACAGAUUUCCUGAUCAUCCGGACACGGCAAGGCUACUACAUCCGAGAGCUGGUGGAUAUUUUUGUAGUUGGACAGGAGUGCCCACUCUAUGAAGUACCUGGUCCCAACUCUAAGCGAGCUAACACACAUAUCAGAGACUUCCUGCAGGUUUUCAUCUACCGGCUGUUCUGGAAGAGCAGGGACCGCCCGCGCAGGAUCCGCAUGGAGGACAUCAAGAAGGCCUUUCCCUCCCACUCCGAGAGCAGCAUCCGCAAGCGCCUGAAGCUCUGCGCUGACUUCAAACGCACAGGGAUGGACUCAAACUGGUGGGUUUUAAAGCCGGAUUUCAGGUUGCCAACAGAGGAGGAGAUCAGAGCCAUGGUGUCCCCAGAGCAGUGCUGUGCCUAUUACAGCAUGAUCGCAGCCGAGCAGCGGCUCAAGGAUGCAGGUUAUGGGGAGAAAUCCUUCUUUGCUCCAGAAGAGGAGAAUGAAGAGGAUUUCCAAAUGAAGAUUGAUGAUGAGGUAUCAUCAGAGUUAUACAUGAGUGUGGCAACAUUCACUGACUUUCAGGAUGCCUCCUAUUUCAGGGUUCUGGAAUCCACUGAGAUCCUGUCAACAGACACAGAUAGCAGUUCAGCUGAAGACAGUGACUUUGAAGAGAUGGGAAAGAAUAUUGAGAAUAUGUUACAGAACAAGAAAACUAGUUCUCAGCUCUCUCGGGAAAGAGAAGAGCAGGAACGGAAGGAAUUGCAAAGGAUGCUCCUGGGAGAAGACAAUGACAAAGACAGGGGCAAAAAGGACAGGAGAGACAAAAAGGGGCUGUCUUCAGCAGCCUCAGCAACCUCUCACAAGGAUGAUGACACUGCCUCUGUGACCAGCCUGAAUUCCUCUGCCACCGGCCGGCGCCUGAAGAUCUACCGCACGUUCAGGGACGAGGACGGCAAGGAGUACGUGAGGUGUGAGACGGUGCGGAAGCCCGCGGUCAUCGACGCCUACUGCCGCAUACGCACCACCAAGGACGAGGAGUUCAUACGGAAGUUUGCUCUGUUUGAUGAGCAGCACCGUGAGGAGAUGCGGAAGGAGCGGCGCAGGAUCCAGGAGCAGUUACGGCGGCUAAAACGGAACCAAGAGAAAGAGAAACUCAAGGGGCCUCCAGAAAAGAAGCCCAAGAAAAUGAAAGAGCGUCCAGACUUGAAACUAAAAUGUGGAGCAUGUGGUGCAAUUGGGCACAUGAGGACUAAUAAGUUCUGCCCUCUGUACUACCAAACAAAUGCCCCACCUUCUAAUCCUGUUGCCAUGACAGAGGAGCAGGAGGAAGAGCUGGAAAAAACAGUUAUUCACAAUGACAAUGAAGAACUCAUCAAAGUUGAAGGAACGAAAAUUGUCCUGGGAAAACAACUGAUUGAGAGUGCUGAUGAGGUUCGCAGGAAAUCCCUGGUCCUGAAGUUUCCUAAGCAGCAGCUUCCUCCAAAGAAGAAGCGUCGCGUGGGGACAACGGUGCACUGUGAUUAUCUCAACCGUCCUCAUAAAUCCAUCCACCGGCGGAGAACAGAUCCCAUGGUGACACUCUCAUCUAUCUUGGAGGGCAUCAUCAAUGACAUCAGGGAUCUUCCCAAUACAUACCCCUUUCACACGCCUGUAAAUCCAAAAGUUGUCAAAGAUUAUUACAAGAUCAUUACACGGCCCAUGGAUUUACAGACCCUGCGGGAAAACGUCCGGAAGAGGCAGUACCCAUCCCGGGAGGAGUUCAGGGAACACCUGGAGCUCAUUGUGAAGAACAGUGCCACAUACAAUGGGCCAAAGCACUCACUGACACAGAUAUCCCAGUCCAUGCUUGACCUGUGUGAUGAAAAGCUAAAAGAGAAGGAAGAUAAACUGGCUCGACUAGAAAAAGCAAUUAAUCCUCUCCUGGAUGAUGAUGAUCAAGUGGCCUUUUCCUUCAUUUUGGAUAACAUUGUGACCCAAAAGAUGAUGGCAGUUCCAGAUUCUUGGCCCUUUCACCAUCCAGUUAACAAAAAGUUUGUUCCUGAUUAUUACAAGGUGAUUGCUAAUCCCAUGGAUCUGGAGACCAUCCGCAAGAAUAUCUCCAAACACAAAUACCAGAACAGGGAGACUUUCCUGGAUGAUGUUAACCUCAUCCUUGCCAACAGCAUUAAGUACAAUGGGUCAGACAGCCAGUACACAAAAACAGCCCAGGAGAUUGUAAACAUCUGUUACCAGACUUUAGCUGAGUAUGAUGAGCACCUGACUCAACUCGAGAGAGACAUCUCUACUGCUAAGGAAGCAGCACUGGAGGAGGCAGAUCUGGAAAGUCUUGAUCCUAUGACCCCUGGUCCCUACACUCCACAGAUGCGCCAGGGGCGAGGUCGGCUGGGCGAGGAAGACUCUGACGUGGAUAUUGAAGGAUUUGAUGAGGAUGAUGAUGGCAAGCCUAAGACUCCAGCCCCAGAGGUUGAAGAUGCAGAUGGGGACCUUGCUGAUGAAGAAGAAGGAUCAGCCCAGCAGCCCCAGGCCAGUGUCCUCUAUGAAGACUUGCUCAUGUCUGAUGGAGAGGAUGAUGAUGAUGGGAGUGAUGAAGAGGGAGAUAAUCCUUUCUCGUCUAUCCAGCUGAGUGAGAGUGGCAGUGACUCAGAUGUGGAGCCCAAUGCAGUGAGACCCAAACAGCCUCAUGUUCUCCAGGAGAACACACGGAUGGGCAUGGACAAUGAAGAAAGCAUGAUGUCCUAUGAAGGGGAUGGUGGGGAGACAUCUCAUGUUAUGGAGGACAGCAAUAUCAGUUAUGGCAGCUAUGAAGAACCAGACCCAAAGUCCAACACAAGAGACACGAGUUUCAGCAGCAUUGGAGGCUAUGAGAUCUCAGAAGAGGAGGAGGAGGAGGAGCAGCAGCGCUCUGGGCCAAGUGUGCUAAGUCAGGUCCAUCUGUCUGAGGACGAGGAGGACAGUGAGGACUUUCACUCCAUCGCAGGAGACAGUGACCUGGACUCAGAUGAAUGAACUCCCUUCCCUGAGAGGAUGGUCACCCUGGGCCACUCCUGGCUCCUGAAUUUCUCUUGUCCCAGUUUGGUGUAAGGAACAGUGUAGUUCCUUCCUACAGUGUGGGCUGUCUUGAAAAGAUUUUUUUUCUUUUUUGGAUAUAAUAUUUUAAUUGAUUAUAAAACAUGUUAUAUGAAUGAGCAAACGGUGGAAAAUAAGCUUUAGACAAACGUGUCCUGCUGAAGCCUUGGCUUCUUGUAGCCUGUACUGGUUCCAGAAUCCAGAUACAGAUUUGUAUGGUUUGUUCUUCAGUCUUUAUAGAUGUAAAGUAAUUCCUCAGAAAUACUGGCCUGUUGGAUACGUGCAUGUCUGUCAGGAAAAAAUGCUUGCUCAGAAUGAAAUACUUCUGUCGAUGAACAACUGUAAUGCAAUUUUCAUUUCAUAAAGGGGAGCUUUUUCUCUGGGACCACAAA